CCCCCCCUCAAUGAGCGCUCCUCUGGAAUCUCGACGCCAAUUAUCUUGGACAGCCCAUCCAGCAGCAGCGAGCACGGGGGCCUUGCCGAGUCCAACGACGUCGCCGUCGUGGGCAUGGCAUGCCGGGUCGCCGGCGGCAACCACAGCCCCGAACAGCUCUGGGAGUCCAUCCUUGCCAAGCGCGAUGCCUCGUCCGAGAUCCCGCCCAUGCGGUGGGAGCCGUACAAGCAUCGGGACGUGCGCAACGUGAAAGAGCUGCAGAAAACGACGAGGCGCGGCUACUUCCUCGAUGCGCUUGAGAACUUUGACCCCGCCUUCUUCGGCAUCUCGCCCAAGGAGGCGGAGCAGAUGGACCCACAGCAGCGCCUCUCGCUCGAAGUUACCUGGGAGGCGCUCGAGAACGCGGGCAUUGAUCCUAAAGCGCUGUCCGGCUCCGACACGGCCGUCUUUAUGGGCGUCAACUCGGACGACUACAGUAAGCUGCUGCUCGAGGACCUGCCCAACGUCGACGCGUGGAUGGGCAUCGGCACAGCCUACUGCGGCGUACCGAAUCGGAUCUCGUACCACUUGAAUUUGAUGGGCCCCAGUACGGCCGUGGACGCCGCGUGCGCCAGCUCGCUCGUGGCCAUCCACCACGGCCGCCAGGCUAUCUUAACCGGCGAAUCCAAGGUCGCCAUCACGGGCGGCGUGAACGCGCUUUGUGGGCCGGGUCUGACACGCGUGCUGGACAAGGCCGGAGCCAUCUCACCGGAUGGGUCGUGUUUGUCGUUCGACGAAAGCGCGCACGGCUACGGGCGAGGAGAAGGUGCCGCGGUCGUGGUGCUGAAGCGUCUGGGUGACGCCAUCAGAGAAGGAGACAACAUUAUCGCCCUGUUGAAAGGAUCAGCCGUUGCGCAAGACGGCAAGACGAACGGCAUCAUGGCGCCCAACGCCAAGGCUCAAGAGCUCGUUGCGCGCCAGGCCCUGAGCCAGGCCAAGAUCGAACCUGCCACGGUCGAGUACGUCGAGGCGCACGCGACGUCGACGCCUCUGGGCGACCCCACCGAAGUGUCGGCCAUUUCGGCCGUCUACGGCGCCGACAGGCCCAAGCCAGUCAUGCUCGGCUCCGUCAAGCCAAAUGUGGGCCAUCUCGAGGCCGGCGCGGGGGCCGUUGGCUUCAUCAAAGCCGUCUUGGCCAUGAACAAGGAGCAGUUCCCACCCCAGGCCAACCUGACGAAGCUCAACUCCAAGGUCGACUGGGCCAAGUCGGGCGUUGAGGUGGUGCGCGAGGCUGCUGCGUGGGCCACGAGCGGCUUGAAUCUUCGUCGCGCGGCCAUUUGCUCCUAUGGAUACGGCGGCACUGUCUCGCACGCCGUCAUCGAACAACGACCCUUUGACAUGGUACCGGAACAGAAGUCUCCUCAUGGCCCCGUCAUGCUCGUCAUCUCGACACCGCAGGAGAAGAGGCUCUCUACGCAGGCCACUGCUCUGGCGGCGUGGAUGACGGGCGCUGGAAAGAAAGAGCCGUUAAGCUCCAUUGCCCACACGCUGGCUCUACGUCGGGCGCACCACGACUACCGCGCUGCGUUCGUCGUUGAAAGCCACGAGCAGGCUGCCGAGGCGCUCAACGCCUUUGCGGCCGGCAACAAGACCGAGUGGAGCUCACAGGAUGUUGCCCUCGCGCCUACUGCCAGAAAAGACGUCGUUUGGGUCUUCUCCGGCCACGGCGCUCAGUGGAAGGAUAUGGGCAAGGAACUCAUCAAGAACCCCGUCUUCCACAAGGCCAUUGCACCUCUCGACGCCAUUACGAAGAAGGACGCGGGCUUCUCGGCCAUCGAUACCCUCAGCAGCGGCCAGUUUGAGGAGUCGGACAAGGUGCAAGUGCUGACGUACGUCAUGCAAAUCGGACUCACUGCACUGCUCCGGUCCAAGGGAGUGAGCCCGCAUGCCGUCAUCGGGCACUCGGUGGGUGAAAUCGCGGCUUCAGUGGUAGCCGGCUGUCUGACGCCCGAAGAGGGCGCCCUGAUAGUCUCGCGAAGGGCUCGGCUCUACGCCCGCGUCAAGGGCCAAGGAGCCAUGUUCCUCGUGAACCUACCCUUCGAGCAGGUCAGGAGCGAGCUCGGCGACCGUGACGGCGUUGUCGCGGCCAUAGACUCGUCGCCGUCGUCGUGCGUUGUCAGCGGCAAAGCCGAGGCGGUGCAAGCGUAUGCCGACACGGUCAAGCAGCGCGGCAUCAAGGCUGCCAAGGUUGCCACCGACAUUGCCUUCCACGCGACAGGGAUGUUGACGCCGCUGGCUGCUCCGUUGGCGGCGGCGCUGGUGGGCGAUAUCAAGCCGCUCCCGGCGUCGGUGCCGCUCUACUCGACGUCGGACGGGAACCCGCGGUCCGAUGCGGCGCGGGACGUCGAGUACUGGGUGCGCAACAUGGUCAACCCGGUACUUCUCACGUCGGCGGUGCGGGCCGCCAUGUCGGACGGAUUCAAGCUGUUCCUCGAGGUCUCCAGCCACCCGAUCGUGUCACACUCGAUCAACGAGACGGCCAUGGACGACGAAGACGCGGCCGUCCUCCCCACGCUCCGGCGCAACAAGCCCGCCGAGACAUGCGUGCAGCAGGCCGUGGGCGCGCUGUACGUCAAGGCGGCCAACGUCGACCUCGGCAAGCCGCUCGGGCGGCACUGGGCGCCCGGGGUGCCCGGCACGCAGUGGGCGCACAAGGCCAUCUGGCGCAAGGUGGAGACGGGCAAUCCCCUGACAGCCGGCAGCCUGACGCACGACGUCGACAAGCACACGCUGCUCGGCCUGCGGAGCGUCGUGGCCGGCACCGACACGGUGCUGUACACGACCAAGCUCGACAACAACACCAAGCCCUUCCCGGGCAGCCACCCGCUGCACGGCACCGAGAUUGUGCCCGCAGCGGCCCUCGUCAACACCUUCCACCACGCCACGGGCGCCGAUACCUUGUCGAAUGUCGUGUUGCGCGUGCCCGUGGCCAUCAACGCCCCUCGCGACGUCCAGGUCGUCGUGGUUGGCGACACGGUCAAGAUCGCAUCGCGUCUGCAGCAGAGCGGCGACGACCAAUCGUGGGCCACACACACGACGGCGCACUGGAGCGCCAAGAAGGCAGCGGACGAGGUGGACGAGGCGGCCGAGGUGGACAUUUCGGCCUGCAAGCAGCGCAUCGGCACGGCGCUGCCGGCCAACUUCUCCAUCGACUACCUGGACAAGGUGGGCGUGUCGGCCAUGGGCUUCCCCUGGGCCGUGACGGAGCACUACGGCAACCUCAAGGAGAUGAUUGCGCGCGUCGACGUGGCGCCGGGCGUCGAAGGACUGCCAUGGGACGCGGCGUCGUGGGCGCCCAUACUCGACGCGGCCACGUCGGUGGGCUCGACCAUCUUCUUCGACCAGCCCAGGCUGCGCAUGCCGGCGCAGAUUGAGCGGGUGCGCUUCCUCGCGCCGUACGGCACCGCACCGCCCAAGACGGGCUGGCUGCAUGUGCAAGACGCGUCGGAGCGCGGGGCGCCCGCCGUGCACGUCAGCGUGUGCGACGAGGCGGGCUGCGUGCUCGUCAAGUUCGAGUCGAUGCGCUUCUCCGAGAUCGAGGGCACGCCGGGCGUCAGCGGCAGCGUCGAGAGCCUCGUGCACAACCUCGCGUGGGUGCCCGCCUCGUUUUCCCACAAGCCCAUGCCGUGCGAGUCGGUCGUCCUGGUGUCGGAUGACGCGGCCAUCCUCGACAAGUACGCAAGGCAGCUCGCGCCUCAUUCCAAGCGCAUCGUGCAGUUGCCCGACGCCGCCGCCUUGCAAGCAGUGCAUGUCGCGCCCAACACGGCCGUCAUCUACUGCCCUGGUCCGGCCGCCUCUCUGGCCGACGUCCCCACCAAGGCCGAAGCAUUCAUCGCCGAGCUGCUCGCUCUCACCAAGCAUCUCGUGUCCUCCAGCGGUGCAAACAACCACAAGCUCUUCGCCAUCACCACGGCCGUCGCCGAUGCCCAAACGCCCACGGCUCUCGCCCACGCCCCGCUGCACGGCCUCGCUCGCAUCAUUGCCUCGGAGCACCCCGAUCAGUGGGGCGCCCUAAUCGACGCCGAGCCCGAUGCUCCCUUCCCCGUCCUCGCGCUCAAGUACGUCCGCGACCAAGACGUCGUGCGCGUCCAGGACGGUCUGCCCCGCGUCGCCCGCUUGCAGCCGCUGCCGCGCGACCGGCUGCAAUCGACAACGACGCUGCUCCCUCGCCCCGACGGCACCUAUCUCAUCACCGGCGGCCUGGGAGCCCUGGGCCUCGAGGUCGCCGCCUGGCUGGUCGACAAGGGCGCUCGCCGCGUGCUUUUGGCUUCGCGGCGCGGCCUGCCCCCACGCAACGAGUGGCAUCGCCUGCCCGCCGACGACGCCCGCCGCCAAGCCGUGCAGCGCAUCGCAAGCCUCGAGCAGGCGGGCGCGACGGUGCACGCGGUCGCGCUCGACGUGGGCGCCGAGGGGGCGGCUGACGCCAUCGUGGCCGCGCUGCAGCGCCUGGACUUGCCCCCCGUGCGCGGCGUGGUGCACGCGGCGGGCACGCUCGAGGACCAACUCAUCCUCGAAACGACGGGCGACUCGUUCUCGCGCGUCCUCGCGCCCAAGGUCGCGGGCGCGCUGGCCCUGCACGCGGCGUUUCCGCCCGCGACGCUCGACUGGCUCGUGCUGUUCAGCUCGUGCGGGCAGCUGUUCGGCUUCCCGGGGCAGGGCAGCUACGCCAGCGGCAACGCGUUCCUGGACGCGCUGGCGACGGCUCGACGGGCGCAGGGAGACCGGGCCGUCGCGGUGCAGUGGACCAGCUGGCGCGGGCUGGGCAUGGCGGCCAGCACCGAUUUCAUCAAUGCCGAGCUCGAGAGCAAGGGCAUCACCGACAUGACCGUCGACGAGGCGUUCCGCGCGUGGGAGCACCUGGGCCGCUACGACGUCGACCACGGCGUGGUGCUGCGCAGCCGGGCGCUGGACGCGGACGAGGCGCUGCCGGCGCCCAUCCUUGCGGACAUUGCCGUCAGGCGCAUGGGAUCGGCAGGCGGCGACGGGGCCGAGGGUGGGGGCGAAACGGGCGGGAGCGGGAGCGGGAGCGGGAGCGGGAGCGAGAUGCCGGCGGGAGAGGCGGAGCGGAAGGCGUGGGUCGAGGCCAAGAUCCGGGCCAUCCUCGCCGAGGUGCUGAUGCUGAGCGGGGCCGACGAGGUCGACGGGCGCGCGGCGAUCGCGGAUCUGGGCGUCGACAGCGUCAUGACGGUGACGCUGCGGCGCAAGCUGCAGGGCGCGCUGAAGGUCAAGGUGCCGCCGACGCUGACGUGGAGCCAUCCCACUGCGAGGCACCUGGCGGCGUGGUUUUCCGAGCGUAUACGUAGUAUGUAACUAGCACUCGACUCCGGUUCCUCCAUGCGGCAAAGCCCCCGCAAGCAUGCAAUAUUAAAUCCCUUGCGACUGUGACUGCGAGACACUUACCACGACUUCCAUACACGAUGCCCAGGAUCCUCCUCACCGGCGGCAGCGGCUUCAUCGCCACCCACGUCCUCGAGACGCUGCUGGCCCGCGGCCACUCGGUCGUGACGACGGUGCGCAGCGCGCAAAAAGGCCGCCGCAUCGUCGACGCGCACCCCAGCGUCGACUUUGUCGUUGUCGAGGACAUUGCGCGCGCCGGCGCCUUCGACAAGGCCGUCAUGGCCUCGCCGCCUUUUGACGCCGUCGUGCACACGGCCAGCCCGUACCACUUCCACGCCAAGGACAACAAGAGCGAGCUCCUCGAGCCGG